AUGAUUUUAAAAAGGAAGAUUAGCACAAAAAUCGGUUCAGUUUUUGAUUUUAUCCCUGCUGUUGAACUGGAAAAAGCAGUUAGAAAUAAGAAUAUUACACCUCAGGAAGCUUAUGAUACAAAAAAAGCUGACUUAACGAGAUAUUAUAACAGAAAGCUGAUGCUCCACAUUAAAUAUCAACAAUGGGUAUGCCAAAUUUAGGACGAUUUCUUUUAUAUUUACCACUCAGCUUGUCAAUUUAACCAUGGUGCAGAUAUAGCGACACACAUUAUUGCAGCGCAUGGGUACGUGAUAGCUUAUAAGAACACAACUAAAGUAUCAAAUAUCUAGGCACAUCAAAUUUUAGACAAAUUAGAAAAAAAUCCAGGCGUAGACCUUUCGAAGACUUUUAUCAAGACUUGAGAAGAACUAAACAAAUUAGGAAUCGCCCCUGUCACUCCUGAAUGGGCUGUUGUAGUUGGCAUGUGCUCAGCUGUAGCUUUGGGAACCCCAACCCCAUUGCCUAAACUAAUGAGCCACUUACAAACCCCAAGAGCUGCUUGACAUUAUGAACUUAGACCUUGGAGAUAUCCGAACUACCAACGAGAGCUAGCUGACGAUUUGAGAUUUAUCCAAAGAGGAGAACACUAA